AUGCUUUCUAGCAUCCACUUUGGGAUGGACGCCACAAAGCAGUUUGUGUCUAGCCUUGAUGCUGUGUCACUCACACUUCUCACCGUCACACUUGUCGCUUUCCUCAUCCCCAUCUUUAUCCUCUUCCCUCCCGUUCCCGUCGAUUGCAGUGAUGUCCUCCGACAGACCCACUCACGGGCCGGCGUGCCACUCCGAGACAUCAACCUCAGUCGUGAUUCAUCACCGGAUCAUCGGGCCCGUGACGGCAAGUCUUCCACUGCACAACACGUGCAGAUCUUUCCGGUAGAUUUGUGUCGUGGAAUUGAGCUCCAACGCGAUCAAGUCCCUUCUGGAAGCAGUGAAUACAACCACUUGUAUACAUUUGCUCAGGCAGACCAUCAAGGCGAUGAUAACGUUGUAUGGAAGGCUUUGACUCAAGAGCAAUUCCCAGCACUAGCCACCAUUGACGUCGAUCUCUGGGUUCCGGAUUCGAACAAAACUAGUCGUCUCUUGGGUAAAGUCGACGGCUCUUUUCUUGUUCUGAGAUUCCCGUGGACGGAUGCGGGACUACAGGGUAUUCUACAACGCGUCUCAUCCAAACUCAGUUACGGGCUGCAUGCGGUACCAGAGAAAGAGUUUCUCCUGCCGGUGUCCUUUCCAAACGAGAAUGAGAUUAAAUCACAGGGCUAUUCGUUUGCGGAGUUCAAGAAUGGGGACAGCAAGACUAUGGCGUUGAACAUGGAUGUUGAGCUUCCAUCCGAGCUGGCUCGGUAUUUGGGAGCUGAGAAAGUUGGGAUCUUUAGGGUAGAUAAGGUGUGA